AUGGCUCGUGCUUGUCAGUCAUGGCGUCGAUCUCCGUCGAAAGUGUCGACCACCUACCAGCCUAAGGACUGGGCACCAAACGAUGGUGUACGUUUUGAUGGAACUCGGUAUCGCUCAACUAUACGUGACAGCGUCAAUCUUCGCACUGGAUUUGACAAUUUGUCGAGAGAUACCCAAAAUUUGAUGGUUUCCCGAAAUUCGAAGGAGUGGAUCCGAGAUUUUGAGAACGAGACCAAUGAAACUUCCUUGAAUACAAGUAAAGAGACAAUGUCAAUGCCAACAUUGCUGCAUGGAAAAAAUAUUCUACAGAUUAUGUCAGUUGGAUCGAUUGAACCAAUUGCCAGGGAUUCAAAUUCACUUGAUUGGUCGGAUAGUCUCGGGGUGGUCGAUGAAGCCGAAGACAUGUCGUUAAUGGACCCACAUUUCGAUCUCACGUCUGCAAGGAUGAUGAAAUUGUUCUCACUGUUUAACCCUGGAGAAAAUGGGAUGGUGUCAUACGAAGGGUUCCGUUGUGGUUUGGAGGCGAUGGGCAUUGCCUGUGGUGACGACAAACAAUUUCAAGCAUUUAUCGACCAGGUGGACGAUGACAAGAGUGGUGGAGUUACGUAUCGGGAGUUUUUGUUUGCUAUCCAGGAAAUCAAGCUCGCUCAGCUCUUCAAUGAAGAGUUUUUGCGAAACAUGCCGCCAGAGUACACACACGUGAGACGCGGAAGAGCAUGUAACGCACUACUUGGAUCGAUCGAAUACUCACCGGACCGCAUUCGCAGCGUGUACCCGAUCAAACAAGUUCAGAGAUUUAUAUACUCAACAAAGCCUAGUUGGGCGUCGGUGAGAUGGAUCAAUCUUGAAGGCAUUGCUCCUCUUCUAAUGCGACGGUUGUCGGUACGCUAUCGACUUCAUCCACUGGCUGUUGAAGAUACGCUUGAUGCCGAUGUUGAGCGUCCAAAGUACGAGGAGUAUGACGAACAUUCGUUUUUGAUUCUACAAACCAUCCACGCGCGUGACUUGUACAUGGUGAGGAACUACCAGAGCAUGUAUCGUGCCUCAUUAUAUGUUCACAACGACGACGUGUCCCUAUUUGAGCGCAUGACGAAAAAGGAAUUGGAAGAACGACUGGAACAGCUUGAUGUGGGCUGUGUGAUGACGGCGCCCGAGCAGCUCAGUUUGUAUAUCAUGGAGGAUGUCUUGAUUAGUGUCCAGGGAGAGUUCAAAUACGCUCUGGGCGAUGCUAAAGCAUAG